AUGGCGCAACGAGCACAGCAGAUCGCCGGCCAUCUCAAUUACCCUACGGGCCUCCUAGCCGGCCAGACUGCGAUUAUCACCGGCUCCGGCCAAGGCAUCGGGGCGGAAUGCGCGCGGCUAUUUGCCAACGAAGGCGCCAAAGUGGUAGUGUGCGACGUCGACAGCUCCCGGUCCGAGGCGAUGGCGAAAACGAUCAACGAUGCCGGCGCCAACCGGGCCAUCUCUGUGCCGGGCGACGUGACGGACCCGAACUACAUCAAAGUGCUGGUCAAGAAGGCGGCCGAGUUCGGCAACGGCAAGAUCCAUAUCAUCGUCAACAAUGCCGGGUACACGUGGGACGGGGUGAUCCACAAGAUCACCGACAAGCAGUGGGACACGAUCUUGAACGUGCACAACACGGCGCCCUUCCGGCUCAUUCGUGAGGCCGCGCCCUAUUUCCGGGUCAAGGACGGCGAGCCCAGGGUCAUUAUCAACGUCAGCAGUACGAGCGGGACACAUGGCAAUGCCGGGCAGGCGAAUUACAGUCUGGCCAAGGCCGGGGUGACGGGGUUGACCAAGACGAUUGCGAAGGAAUGGGGACCUCAGUUCGGCGUUCGUGCCAACACUGUUGCCUUUGGGCACAUCAACACACGUCUGACCCAGGCCAAGGAGGCCGGGGCUUUCAUCACCACCGCCGACGGCCAGCGGGUGGCGCUGGGGAUUCCGGGCAAGCAGGUCGCCGACCGCAAGGGCGGCGAGGAGAAUGCGUACAAGGAUAUCCCGCUUGGACGGCCGGGGAGCGCGACGGAGGCUGCCAGCGCCGUGUUGGCCAUUUGCUCGCCCCUGUUUUCCUAUGUCAAUGGCCAGACUAUCGAGGUUACCGGUGGCCGGAAUAUAUAG